AGUCUUAUGGCCAUUUGCAGAUAACGCCAGGUCAGUAUAUUAGGGUUUCACAUUUCCCUCUCUCCUUGAUAAUUUGCAGCGACAGAGUCACAGAGCUAUAGAGAGAAGAAAGAAAGAGGUGUUAGUCUUUAGGAGAUAAUGAGAGAGACGAAUACGGAUCUAUUUGACCCGAGAACAGAAAUGGACUCCGAUUUCUCACGUACUGCAUCAUCUUCCGAUGGAGAUUUCGGCUUCGCUUUCAACGAUAGCAAUUUCUCGGACCGCCUUCUUAGGAUCGAGAUCAUGGGUGAACAGGCAGACAGCAGACCCGACGGUGAGGGCUGUAAUAGUAUUGCUGAUUGGGCCAGGCACCGCAAGAGACGGAGAGAAGAUAUCAAAAAGGAUACCUCUACGGAUCUAACUGUUUUCCCUGAGGAGCAGAUUUUAAAUGUUAACCAGCCUGAUAUGGAUGAUUGUGUGGGCUGUGAAAAUCAAGACGAGGAAGUAGAGGCAAUGAUUGAAGAGUCACCUUCAGGUGACGAAGCUGUAAAUGGCAAUGAAUCAAGUUGGAGCAUGGAUUGUUCUACAGUUGUGAGAGUUAAAACAUUGCACAUAAGUUCUCCUAUUUUAGCAGCAAAAAGUCCUUUUUUCUACAAGCUCUUCUCAAAUGGGAUGAAGGAGUCAGAGCAGCGACAUGUAACCCUCCGAAUCAAUGCAUCUGAGGAAGCUGCCCUCAUGGAGCUCCUGAAUUUUAUGUAUAGCAAUACCUUAUCGACCACUACUGCUCCUGCUUUGCUUGAUGUGCUAAUGGCUGCCGACAAAUUUGAAGUUGCUUCAUGCAUGAGAUACUGCAGUCGACAAUUGAGAAAUAUAUCCAUGACACCAGAGUCUGCAUUGCUUUAUUUAGAGCUUCCUUCCAGUGUCUUAAUGGCUGAAGCAGUCCAGCCAUUGACUGAUGCUGCAAGGCAGUACCUUGCAUGCCGUUAUAAGGACAUGAGCAAGUUCCAAGAAGAGGUAAUGGCUUUGCCCCUAGCUGGAAUUGAGGCAAUAUUGUCUAGUGAUGACCUUCAAAUUGCAUCAGAAGAUGCAGUAUAUGAUUUUGUGUUGAAGUGGGCCAGAACCCAGUACCCUAGAGUGGAGGAGAGGAGGGAAGUUUUGGGUUCACGUCUUGCACGAUUUAUUCGCUUUCCUUUUUUAACCUGCCGGAAGCUGAAGAAGGUUCUAACCUGUAGUGACUUUGAUCAUGAUGUUGCAUCCAAGGUAGUGCUUGAGGCACUGUUUUUUAAAGCAGAAGCCCCACAUCGGCAAAGAACAUUGGCUGCAGAGGAGGCUGUCACAGUGAAUCGUCGGUUUGUUGAACGUGCAUACAAGUAUCGGCCUGUUAAGGUGGUGGAAUUUGAACUUCCUCGGCAGCAAUGUGUAGUGUACUUGGACUUGAAGCGGGAAGAGUGUGCUAAUCUGUUUCCAUCCGGGCGGGUGUAUUCUCAGGCAUUCCACUUGGGUGGACAAGGGUUCUUCUUGUCUGCUCACUGCAACAUGGACCAGCAAAGCUCUUUUCAUUGUUUUGGCCUGUUUCUGGGGAUGCAGGAGAAGGGAUCAGUGAGUUUUGCUGUGGAUUAUGAGUUUGCGGCACGGUCAAAGCCAACUGAGGAGUUCGUUAGCAAAUACAAAGGUAACUAUACCUUCACUGGAGGAAAGGCAGUUGGGUACAGAAACUUAUUUGCCAUACAAUGGACCUCCUUCAUGGCUGAAGACAGUCUUUACUUCAUAAAUGGAAUACUCCAUCUUAGGGCUGAGCUUACCAUCAGGCACUAACUCUUUGCUUUCCGUUAUUCCCCUGGCUUCCUAAUGAAAUUGAUUUUUGUAGCACUGACCUCUUUCAUCUCUCGACUGGAACUGAACUUAAAAAUGUAAUAAGUAGGCACAGCAUGCACUAGAUACUUUGGUAUGGAGGUUGAUAUACAAUUAGAAAAUCCCCUUUGCUCUAGGCUGAAUCGUGCUUGGAAAGUGAGUGGUGGAAAAAAAAUGUAUAUGUGUAGGGGUCUGUGGUCCUGACUGGUUUGUUUCAGUUUAAGAGUGCAGCUCUUGAGAACCAAACAAUUCUACUGUUAUUAUCUGUGGUUUGAAUUUCGAUAAGGUAUUAGUAAGCAAACAUGGUUCUCACUUCUCACCGUAACAAAACAAUUCUAAAUCGUGUUA